AUGUGUGUUAAAUAUAAGUAUCUUAUAUUUCUCUUUUCGCUUAUAUAUUCAAUUUUAGAGAUAUCUUCAAAAUUUGAAUUUACCAACGUCGAGUGCAAAUCAUUGGAUAAGAAUUUCGCCGAUUUUGAAUAUUGCUAUAUUAAAUCAGUGAAUCGGAGCUACAAAUAUCUUUCGCUGAAAGCUAACGUAUUUAAAAAGCCAAUUACUAAACUAAAGGUAAACGGGGCCCUUUUUAAACGUCUUAAUGGCUACAGGCCCUUCAUGUACAACGUCACUGUGGACGCCUGCAGAUUUAUGGAUAAUAAAAACUCAAACCCAGUGGCUGGUUACUUCUUUGAUUUUAUUAAACUAAACUCUAAUAUAAAUCACUCGUGUCCCUAUACGCAUGAUUUUAUAGUGGAUAAACUGAGUAUUGAUGAAGUUAACCAUCGAAUUACAAAUGUUUUGCCCUUCCCAGAAGGUGCUUACAUGGUGGAAACGCAUUGGAUUGCAUAUGAUAUUGAUCGAGUGGUCGUUAAAGUUUAUGGUACUCUGUCCUAA